UCAUUGCAGGAUGGAACGUCGCUACGCCAUGGAGAGCGAUUUGCUGACGCUGUACAGCUAGUCCUUUCUAAUGCAAAGGUAGUUGGAUUUGGUGUGAACUGUACGGAUCCUACCGCAGUGACUCCCUUGCUUGAAUCUGUGCAGUCGUUAUUACCUGUAAACGAGGUUUUCGUCUAUCCAAACGGUGGAGAGCCUGAGCAGAACGCGAAUACAGAGAAUGGUUUGGAUGUGAUUUUGAUGUCAAUUGAAAAUUGGAUCCAGCUCGGGGCAACCGUUGUUGGAGGUUGCUGUGGAAUAGAUGCUGACGGAAUUUCUCAGAUACGAAAGCGAGUUGAUUGUCUUCAACAGUCCGUUGUAUGA